UCACGUGGACUGGAGGACUUGCUCAUUUCACAGCUGUUAUAGCACUGAGAUAUCAAGCUGAAUUUCAAAGAGACUGUGAUACUCGGUGUAAUUUUACAGGUCAGAAGCUGCAGCCUCAGCAGGCACUUAACUGCUCAAGAUGUUGAAAAAACUCCUGCAAUAUGUUCGUACUGAAAAAAUCGGUCUCCUCGCUACAGUCGUCGGGAUGAUCACUGUCACUUUUUUUCUGCAGACUAAGACGUGCCCUUGCACAGGGCGCACUUUUGAAUGUAAUGAAAUCAUCGUCGUGCCUGUUUUUUUAGUGUUUUUCCUGAUGCUCCUGAUAGACCAGACAUUUCGGAGCACCGCGAAACAUCCAUCCACGUUUUUAUGCCUUGUAGUCAAGCGCGUUAUCAGAGCGUUUCUAAUCAGUCUGCUGUGGAUUGUAGCUGUGUUGCUUGUCACGGACUGGUAUGGUUGCUGUAACAUUGAUGAAAACACGAGCAAGCUGUUCUGCAAAUCUGGGAACUUCACAACUGAACAACAAGCUCGAAAAGAUGAAGUGGAAAUCAAGUCAAAGCUUGCUGGUUACUCUCUGCUCCUGGGCAUGACUGUUGUAGCUUUCUUCAUGACUUGGAGUGGAUGGAGAAAAUGGUUUGUAAAAAAAUACAGUUGUUGCAACAAGAAAACUUUUUACUACAAACUGAUUUUGGAAGAAGAGAAAAAAGUUCUGGAGGAGCUUUUGAGGAAAGAAGCAAAUGAGACUUUGACUAAAGAAAUUAUGAGCAACAUAAAAAGGAAAGACUGGGACGGCUGUUUAAAUGUUGCUCAACAAAUGAUCAAUAAAGCAAAACAUCAAAAACCAGAAGCAACCAACCAGCAGAUCAACUGGAUCAGUGAGGGGAGCUCCAACAGAGGGGGACAGCAUCAUCAAGCAGCAGCACAUCAGCAGGCACAAAACUAUGAACUUGAUGCUGUGGCACAAGAAAACAAAGACACCAUGCCGUUAUUUGACGAAUCUGCCUGAAAGAGCAUCGAGGUACGCAGCUCCAGAAACAACGCAAGUGACCACAGACAAGUUAUACACCUUGACAGGCGACGUGAGGUGUAGAGGGAAAGAGAGGUCGGAUAAAAGGUCUUAAUAUCCACCCUUAUGUGAUUAUAAAUGGAUUGGGAUGAAUCUGUAAGAGUUUUUGGAAAGGGAAGCAGGAGACUGUUGUUGUAGAGUGGAUUGAGGAGAAAGGAGACUGAAGCUGGGUUUUUUUUGGUUUUUUAAAAUUACUAUGCCAACUCCUUUUAGUUUUGUAAAUAUUGGCUAUAUUGUAUGGAGAGGUCUUAUUUUAUUCUUACUUUACUUUGCAAAUUUAUUUGAAUUAGGCUAUCCAAUUAGGAUAAAUUUCAUGUCGUUGGUUGUAAAGAUCUGGAUGGAUAUUUUAUUCUUUAUUUUAUUUUUUGAUUCUAUUUUUCAGUUUUAUUUUUUCAAGACUUGGUAAAUUGACUUUUAUUUUUAUAACUUGGUCUACAUUUUUAGUUUUGGUUAAUAUUGGCAAUAGUGAGAAGUGUCAUUGUUAGGUUCGAAUAUAUUUGAUAUAGGCCAUCUAAUUAAAGUAAAUGUCAUUUGUUAAUUCAUUUCGAUCAUGUAAACAAUAUACAGCUACAUUUAGCAAAGAAAAUAAGAGAGGGAGAAAAAAAAUACUAUACAAAAUAAAGUUAAUACAUUUCAAUAUUGCUUCUGUCCUGAUUCAGUUACAUGUCGAAAGGGAGUGGGAAGAAGUACACACUUAUUUAAUCCCACCCCUUUGCCAUAAGUUAUCAGUCAAUACUUAGUCAGCUUCCUUACUGAUAUAAUCCGUAAGAAAAAUAGCGAACAGAUUUCUGAUAUGAUAUAAUAUAUACUAUAUUAUCACAUCAUGAAAUUUUCUAAAUGGAGACAUUCACUGAAUUUCAACAUUUUCCCUUUCUUUAUAGUUCAAGAACAUCAUAUGUUUAUAACUCUUUUAGAACUGUUUUAUGUUUGGACGUUGCUUUAAUUCCAUAUUCAGACUGUUCCACAGUUUCACUCCAUGAACAGAAACACAGUACAUAUGUACCUUCCCUGUUUUGUUAUAACUUAUUUCUUAAAAAAAACAAACAAAACAUACUCAGAAUAUUACCGGGCAGGUCCUAAUUUUUUGCUUUGAAUAGAAUUUGUGCUGUUUGGAAUUUCACUAGAUCAGCAAAUUUCAAUAUUUCAGACUGCAAAAAUAGAGAGUUUGUAUGUUCCCAAUAACCUGCAGUGUGGAUGAUUCGAACUGCUUUUUUUUUGAAGGGUAAAAAGUGAAUGUAAUGUGGUUUUAUAGUUGUUGCCCCAGACCUCUGCACAAUAGCUUAAGUAUGGUGAAACCAGUGCACAGUAGAGAAUAUGAAGUGAUGUUCUGUCGAAUACCUGCUUUGCCUUGUUUAGUACUGCAAUGCUUCGUGAUACUUUGGAAUGAAUAUAUCUUAUGUGAGCUCUCUGGUUAAGUUUUUCAUCUAUUAUUACCCCCAGAAAUCUAUUUUCACUGACUCUUUCAAUAUCAACACCAUUUAUUUGAAUCUUUGCAUUUGUAUUUAAACUACUAUUUCCAAAUAACAUAAGUUUAGAUUUAUUCAAAUUUAAUGAUAAUUUGUUUUUAUCAAGCCAGAACUUCACUUUACUUAUUUCAUUAGUCAUAUCCUCCAAUAAAUGCUGCAGAUCAUCACCAGAGCAAAAAAUGUUUGUAUCGUCAGCAAAGAGAACCAUUUUUAAUACUUUGGACACUUUACAGAUGGCGGUAAUGUAUAAGUUGAAGAAUUUUCAACCCAAAACUGACCCUUGGGGUACACCACAAGCAAUGUCCAUACAUAAGGAGCAACCACCAUUUAUUUUCACAAACUGCUUUCUGUCACUUAAAUAACUCUGGACCCAAUCUAAAGCUACCCCUCUGACACCAUAACGUUCCAGUUUUCUUAUUAAUAUAUCAUGAUCUAUAGUGUCAAAUGCCUUUGUCAAGUCUACCACAUAUUGCUUUUUGUCUAUGGAAUUUGUGAUGUAUUCUAUUGAAUCUAAUAAUGCCAGUGAUGUUGAUCUGCUUGAUCUGAAUCCGUACUGACUCUCGGUGAGUAGUUUAUGUUUAUCUAUAAAUUUUUCCAGUCGGUUGUUAAACAGUUUUUCAAUAAUUUUUGAGAAUUGAGGUAGUAAAGAGACAGGCCUGUAGUUUGUGAAAUGGUGUUUGUUGCCAGAUUUGUAUAGAGAUAUAACUUUUGCUGUUUUCAUUCUGUCUGGAAAUUGACCAGUUUGAAAUGAUAAAUUACAGAUGUAUGUAAACGAUUUUAUAACAGCCUCAAUGACUCUUUUAAUCACUAUCAUAUCAAUAUCAUUACAAUCCAAAGAUUUUUGAUUUUUACAUUUUUUUUUUUUAACAAUUUCAAAAACUUCAUUUUCAUCAACGGCUGUGAGAAACAGAAUAUGGAUCUCUGUCUAUCAGUGUAUCCGGUUUUUCCUGUGCUUUCCCAGGAUCAGUGAUUGUUCUUGCUAAAUUUGGUCCAGCAGUUACAAAGAAUUCAUUGAGACUAUUUGCCACAACAUCCAUAUUGUAUUCUUCAUGGUUAUUAUCAAUGAAAUACUUGGGAUAGUUCUUUUGUCCAGCCCCACGUUUUAUAACACUGUUCAUUAUUUCCCAUUAUCUUUUAAUAUUAUUUCUAUUUAUAUCUAAUUUCUUCAUAUAGUAUUCCUUUUUACUAUAUCUAAGUAUAUUAGUUAACCUAUUGUAAUAUCUUUUGUAUCUGAUUUCAGCAUCUUUAGUUCUCUUUCUUAAGAAAUCUCUGUAUAGAGCAUUUUUCUUUAUACAUGCAUUUAGCAGACCUUUUGUUAUCCAAGGACAGUCCAUUGAGUUUGUUUCCUACUAUAUUGCUCUACUGGACAGUUGGUAUUGUACAGUAAUGUAAAUAUUCUAAGGAAUUCAUUAUACGCACUAUUAACGUCCUGUUCCUGAUAUACUUCACCCUAGUUCUCUUUCAGUAAAUCUUUUUUAAAUGCAUUCAUUCUUUCUUCUGUUCUUACUCACCUGUACUCUUUUUUUUUUUUUUUUUUUUUGUAGGGAAUAGGUUCAUACAGUACAUUGUGUUUAUAAAUUCCUCAGUGGUUAUUGUUUAUUUGGGUUUAGCAAAUCAAUAUUGAGAAAUAAACUUUUUUGUGAGCUAUUUCAAUAAAUGUUUCUUCUAUCCAGUCUUUAAAUGUCUCAAUACUACUACCUGGAGCUCUGUAUAUACAGUUAAUGAUUACAUUUUUACUUUUUUCUUUACAAAUUUCAACUGUAAUACAUUCCAGUACGUUAUCAAUCACCAUCGUCAUCUUAUCCACCACAUUAAAUUUCAAGGAUUUGUCCACAUACAA